UAUAUGAAUUAAUUGAUAGUCAAUGAGUGACCCGAAGUGUGUCGACCAUUGUUUCGGUCAUCACCGGUGUCUUCGGUAAAGUUAAGACCAUUGCACGUGCAAUGUGUGUCUCAAUAGCUCAAGUGUUUCAGUUAAUACAUACCUAAGCCAUAGUACAGCACAGGGAAGGGUGUGCUGACAGUGAGCGCCACCACAGCUAUAGUGUUGAGCAGUGCUUGUAUUGCAUGAGCUAUACUUCGACGCACUUUAAAACACACCAAACAUUUUGUGUCACAAAAAGUCACCAAAAGCUGAUCCAUUGAUCACAAACUCUAUUGUUUUUGUUAAAUGAUUCAUCUAAAUGACUAAAUCGGUCGAUAAAGUGGUGACAAUUGGUGUAGAAGUGGUAGAAAUAAGUGGAUGAAAGUGACGACCGGACAGGCAUUCAAAGUGUGCGCCAAAAGUUGUCUCCAUUUUCUGUGCUAUAAUUCAGAGCACAGAUUCAGUCAGUCGUUGUCUUUCAUAAGGAAACGUGUCUUAAAUGCGUAGAAGCGGUACCACUUCGGCCAGUCCUCUAUCACCUCAAUCCCGGUCCCAAAGCAAACCUAUUAAAAUGUGGUCGCCUUGCGGUCAGUCCAUUGACGAUGACAUGAAUGAGAUGCCUGUUCUGACACCCGAAAUACCCUUCGAUACAGUACUGGAAAGUCAGUCAAUGGGUACCGGAGCUAAAACAGGCUCUUACGCCGAUUUAGUGCCACCAGUGCUCGAACCUGCUCUGGACGGCCAGUCUGACAGUACUGUGACCUCCAGUGGCGAAAAGUGUCGCAAUAAACGUAAAUCAAAAGUCGAGAUUAUGCUCGAAGAUGACGACUUCAGUAAUAAUCUUCAACAGCUGACUGAGUAUAACGGCAUCAAUGGUAAACCUGAUGGACAAUCGACAGCCAAACGUAGUAAAUAUAGUGCAAAAAAAUCGACUGCAAAUCAAUUGUUGUGUAAAUCAAAGAAACUGACGACAAAGCUUGUGAACAAAAAGAGUCUUUUGAAAGACAAAAGUAAAAAAGUUUAUCACAAAGACUUUAAACUAUAUAAUUAUCAACAAAAAAGACCAAAAUUAAAGAAAAAGAUGACAACUAAUGUGUCCAACGAAUGGUCAAUCAAUAGUAACCAUACAAUGAGCUCGUUGUCUAUGAAUUGUCUAAGCAAUGGUGAUUCGUCAUCAAUGGUUAAAUAUAAUAAUAAAAGUAGUGAUGAAACGAUCAACUCCUUCAUCCCUAAUAACACUAUCUUUUAUGGCAACUCAUUAAAGUUAAAGUCUAAGUCAUUAAUCAAUAGUCAACUAAAGAAGCGGUCUGUGGCCACCAGUCCGCCGAAGAGGUCACUACUUGAGUUGGAACUGUUGACCAAACAGAAACCACUUCCUGAUGAAGAAGCAAUUGAAGGGAUUGUAUUUAAAACAUUUGAAACCGAAGAUGAGAUAACAUUAUUCUCUAAGUUUGAACAGUUAGAGAAAGAGAAAAAAGAAGGAAAUUUGGUCCAAAAAACAUAUAAAAUUAAAAGUCUUAAGACUGGAAAACUGAUAUUUCCGACCAAAACAAAAGAUAUUACAAAAAUCAAGGGAUGGCGAGAAAAGCUGUUUUCCACUGUUGAUGAUGACAAUGAUAGAGUAAACAAACGACCUUUUUGUGUAUCAUUUGAAAAGUCGAUGACUGGCCAAGUAUUAGGUCCCAUAACAAAUGAUAAGAUGGGCAGUCAGUCAUCGAUGGCCAGUUCCAAGUCAGCCUUUGUCAGUGAUCUUUUGGAUGGUUAUCUCAAAACUAAAUCCGAUUUAAAGCUAAACUAUUUGAAUAGUGAUUUUGCUCCUCCACCUGAAGAUUCGCCGAUAUUUUUGGCCGGUGUUCUUAAAAUGCCAGACAUAUCAAGUUCAUCAUCAAUGCCACCUCCGGCCACAUCUUCUACAUUCUCCCAGUUUUCCCCCCUUAAGAAAAAGGGUAACUUCUUGAAGGGACGUUCUAAAGGAUUAAAGAAUAAAUUGAAACUAAAGACAGAUUUUAGUGAUUCGAUUGGAUUUUUAGAAGAUGAAGAAGUGUCAGGUUUGGAACUACUGUUACCUCAAUAUCCUGUUAUUCGGGAGACUCUAUGGCCAGACACACCACAGAGUGACGAACAAAUGAGACACUUAUACAAUAAUUAUAUUAACUCUGCCAAUCAAGAGAUGGAAUUGAUGAAGAAGACGGCCAUUCCGUCAUUCAUUAUGGACGACCAAUACUCCAGAUUUGCAUUAAGUGUCUUACAGUGCAAUGAACGCAUUCCCGACCACAACGAUAAUGACAACAAUGAAGAUUGUGGCGCCAAUUCAUUGCUGUUGGCUGUCGGCUUAACACCAAAACAAAACAAAGAAAUGUCUCCCGUGAAAGAAACAAAGAUAACGGGUCGCUAUAGGAAGGACAGGGAAGCGGAUCUGGCAAUGAUUAUAGCGAAAGGAAACAGAUCUAAACGUCAAAUUCGAUUGCCAUCAAGAUUUCAUAAUAGCAGUCUUCUUAUGGGUAAUCAAUGGGUUAUUCCUGACUAUGAUUCUAAAGGCAAGACCGGUAAGCGACGGCUUCAGGAGGAACAGAGACGUCUUCAAGAACUGCAUCAAAGGCAGCUGGAAAUGGAGCAGAAGUAUCACCCGUCGGCUACUGUUACUACUACUAGUGUCUCAUGUUUUGAUGACAUCAAGUUCUCAUUGAUUCAUAAAUGUUUGCCCAACAAUAAUAAACCUAUGAAAAUGAAAACCAAAACAAUGAACCAAACAACUAAUAAAUCGUUAAUGAAAUCUGACUAUCAAUUAAAGAUACCAAAAUUACCACUAAUGCGUCCACAAAAUCAAAUAAAAGUCAACAAAUCUAAGAACGGUCAGCAAUUACAAAAAUCAUUCACUUCUUUGUUUUCAAUGUCUAAGCAAACAAUGGGUGAUAAAAGGGUUGUCUCAUUAUCGGCCAAAGCACAGGCCAGUGCCACUCAAAGAGCUUAUGUCAAUCAAUUGUUUGAUCAACUAUUGAAUGCAAUGAAUGUUAACAGAUCUGUGAUGAUUGGCAAGAAUGGUAAACCAAAUAAGGUGGAGGUUAUCAAAGAAGCCCAAGAAAUGAUCAAUAAGUUGAAUAAAAGGGAACAACAAUUGUCUUAUAUUCGUAAACUAUUGUCGAUGUGGAACCACAAACUCAGACUAUGCGAUAAAGUGGCACAAAAAGGCAUGAAACCGGAAGCCUAUAAAGUAGUGUCGGAAGUGAUGUCCGCAUAUAAGGAUAGUAUGUGUUAUAAAGUGGGCGAAGCAUUGGAGGAAAAAAGACGGGAAUUCAAUCGCAAACGUUCUCAAAUGUUGUCCAAAAAUAAUUCAGUCAAACAGUGUUCAGACAAUGCAAACUCUCAUUUGAUAAACACUUCGCAUUCAAGUCCGAUACAAACGCAUACCAUUCCUAUAAAAUUGACGACCAAAUCAUCAAACCCUUCCAAUCAAAGGCUUUUAAUGCCUACUUAUAAAUCACAAUUGACUCAAAUGACUAAUAAAUCAUUGACUGAAAACAAUGAAACAGUUUUGUCGGUCAGCACUUCUAACAAAUAUCCAAAGUUGACUCCACCUGAUCUGCAACACAAAGCAUUAAGUAAAUUACCCGCCGAUACAACUGUUGUCAGACAAGAGAGUUCACUACUAAAACCACCCCAUCUGACUACAAGACCGACGAUAUUGACACCAUUCAUGGUUUCAUCAGAUGAUGACAAAUCAGUUUCCGGUCCGGUAAUUAAAAUUCCCAAUUUAGACAAAUAUAAAGCUUAUUUCAAACCAAAGUCAAUGAUUGCAUCAAAAAAUUUCAAUGCAAAUACACAAAGAAAGUCUCCUCCAAACAAUAGCAUACCAAACGGUGCACCAGCAUCAACCUCAUCCACAUCAACCAUGCCUACAAAUGGUCAGUCCAAUCAAUCUGUGUUUAGUCCACAUUCAUAUGCCAGCAAAAGCGUUAUUAUAACUUCAGAAACACCAUUAGAUAAUGAAGAUCUCAAUAAAAUUGUUGCCUCAAUUACAGCCAAUCCUGAUAAAUUUAAGAAAGUGCCGGUGCGUCUUAGCAAUGGUAUGGCUGCCAUUACUAUUCCCAGUCCUAUAGAUACAAAACCAUGAUUUUGUUGAAACAAGUAUCUCAAAGUUGUUCAAAUCAUAUGAAUUUGAAACAUAUAUCUCAAGAUUUAAUAUCAUAUAUUGAUAUAAUGUAUGAAUAGUUAACAUUUAAAGGAAAAAUUACUUCUAACUAAUAUAUGAAACAUUUUUUAUUGUUUUUAUGAAAAGA